UAGAGAACGUACAAUAUUUCUGUAUAUAUCGUAUAAGAAGUGGUACGGUUCUAAGAAGAAAUUGAUUUUACACUGUCUAACUUAGCACCGUCAGCGUAGUAUCAUACGAGUAUGAAAACUUAAUAGUUGUGUCAGAGGCCACCAGAUAGCGAAUGCUUACAAUGCGAAUUCAACGAGACAUUUAUUGAUGCACGUUAAUCUUGUGUUGGAGUAAUUCGCGUUACGCGUAUAGAAGAAUUCAUUACCUGACGAUAUAUCGCGCUAAUCACUUACCCUUAUUUGACAAUCAAUCGCCGAAAACGAGCAAUCGCAGAGCCAUUGCACAGCAAUUGCGGCACAGUCCGCAACCGUGGCUUAAUAAACUCGCAUAGAAAUGUUCAACACGCGAUGCAAUCCCACGUAACAUCGAUUGACUAUUUAGUAGGUCUGACGGAUGACGAAAAUAUCUCAUUUGAAAGUAGCGCGUUCUCAUGACGGUCCGACAAGAAAUAAAAAUACAUCACUCGCGGCAGCAAUCCGCUCCCAAUGGGAGCGGGCGCGAAUGCGCGUAAUGCAUUAAAUUAGUCUCAGUCCUGUGGUUCAAUUAUCCGUUGUCAUAACAGUUUAUUGACAAUCUGAUUUAGACAGUCUUCGACGAUUGAUAAUCUUCUCGUUAUUAUGUCAAAACGAUAACGAUAAAACUAUGAUGUAAAAAAAGAACAAUGACGUAUAUUGUUACACAUCAUGCAACAGUACCUAAUUGGUUUCUCGCAAUCCCCCGUCGUCAUUUCGAAGAAUUAUAUUUUUAUCUAGCGACGUCACAAAUGUAAUGUGCAUAGUUACGCUCUGAACAAUGUGACUCAUGCUUUUAAUAAUUUAGAAACUAAUUUCUUACGCGUGGAGUAGUACUAUUAAAUGACUCAGCUGUUUUGAAGAAAUUUCAUCGCGUGUUUCAAUAUUAAAUAAAUAUAAAAAUUGCGGUUAAAGUCUAUCAAAAUUUCUCACAGUAGAUUCAGAAUAUACAUCUUGUUUAUCUCUCGUCCAAUCAUUCGAAUACAAAUUACCCUUUCUUCAAAUUCGUAGAAGCGAUGUUUUCUUUUAUACAUAGAAUAUUCUUUCACUCGUCAGAGCUACUUUCUUCGAUCAUUAAAAUAAUAUCACGAUAUACUAUUUGUGCUCCUCAUUAUUCCAAUGAUGAACGAUUGUCCUCUAAUUUCUAAUAACGUCAUCAAUCUCUCGUCCGCACAUUUCCUCCUUACGACGAAGACCCAGGGAGAAGAAGACUCCCACCACCACCGAACUAUCAUAAGGGAUACAUUGCACGCACCCCGAUGACGUUCACAGUGGGGUGCUGAUACGAACCAACCGCCCACGACUCUCGACGCCUGUUGGCGUCGUCGGCCUAGCGUCUAGCGAGUCAGACCACGCGAUACCAAAGUCGUGAGAGGAUUCGCGGUCGACGGACGUCCCGUCGGACCGGUUGUAUCCAGUCGUGUUCCCCACUUCGGAUCGCGUCGAUCGCCCGACCUCGAUCCUGCUUGAUACAAAGCCGAGCUCUCAUCACAUUCCACAAAUGCCGUCGCUCAGGACUUUUCGCAUCGAGUUCGACCGGCCGGGCGCUACUUACGCGCCCGGCGAUAUCGUCACCGGCGACGUCAUCGUCGACCUAGCCAGGGAGAAGACAAUCCGAGCACUGAAAUUGUCAAUAAAGGGAGAAGCUAAUGUUAGCUGGGAGAGAAGAAGGACUACCAAGGAUUCCCAAGGACGCAGUCACACCCACGUUGAUCAUUUCCGAGCAAGCGAACAGUAUUUUAACCUGACUUAUUACUUAUUGGGAAGUGCAGCAGGCAAUGGAGAGGUACAGAUGCCAGCGGGGUUUCAUAGAUAUUCUUUUAAUUUCUCACUGCCAUAUAAUAUACCAUGCAGCUUCGAACAUACGAACGGUCACAUCCGGUACACGAUGAAGGCCGUCAUCGACAGACCAUGGAGAUUCGAUCACGAGAGCAAAAUUGCGUUUACCGUGGUCUCAUCUUACGAUUUGAACUCUCGCAGUCAUCAGUGUGUCAGCGUAGAUGAAGAUGUGAUGGAGAGUUUUUGUUGUUUCUGUUGUUUCAACUUGGGUUCGAUGAAGGUACGUAUUAGAAUACCGACGACGGGGUUCGUCCCGGGACAAUCGAUAGAGACUAUGGUCAACCUAUAUAAUACUAGCAGUGUCAAUGUGACGAAGAUCUGCGUUAAACUGGAACGGUCAUUAGAAUUCCACGCGAAAUCACCGUAUAAUACGACCAAGACGGAUAAGGCGGUCGUAAAAGCCGAGAAAAGUGUGGGACCAUUCGGCCAACAAGCCGACAUUACCUCACGAUUACAGGUUCCGCCGAUACCGCCAUCCCAGUUGGAAUGUUGCAGUAUAAUAGAUCAGAAAUAUUCCUUGCGCGUUACAAUUCACGUCUCUGGAGCGCAUUGCAGCAUCGUCAAGGUUUACCCGAUCUUGAUCGGAACAAUUCCAUUACAAUCUACUAUUACAUCUGCAUCCUAUAUGCAAACCGUGCAGCCUACAGCUCCUAUAAUACCCGAUUAUGAUCCACCACCGCCGAUGCCCGCGUCUCCAGACUACGCACCACCAAACGUGCCCUAUCCUGCGGCAAUAGGUUUUAUCUCUCCAAAUCAACCCAGCACGUCGACUAACCCGUGGGACAUACCACCACCAUCGUACGAAGAAUGUAUGCAAAGAGCGGAUAGCAUCAAAGACGAAGACGAGUCAAAUUACGUGCAUGGUGCCAACGAACCCUUUGCACCGAGAUAUCCAGUCUUUAAUUUCACACCGCCAUAUUCAUCUGAAAAGUAAACAAAAACGAAAUGCCUACCCUGGAAAAUAAGCAGAAACAAGGUGGACGAUACAUCAAGUAGUAACUAAUUAAGUUACUUCCACUCAACGUGUUUGUGAUGAUGAAGAAGCAAGUCAGGAAAUAAAAAAACUGAUCAAAUCAAGCUCUGAUCGCUACUACCUCAUAUAGGAUCUUAUGUGAAUGUUCAACUUUUUUAGUAUAUAUUCAACUUUUUUAAGUAUAAAUUAAUCACAUAUAUGUAUAUAUAUAUUCACAUAUAUACGUAUUUUUAUACUUUAUAUCACACUCUGCUUAUAUGAUUACAAAUGUAUUAUGCAGUUUUAUGCGGAACAAAUUACAUAUAAUGUACAAUGAAGAACAUAAUUUUGCGAUAAAUAUUUUGUAUGCAAUGUUUGUUUAUAAUAGCAGUUAAUACACUAGAAUGGUUUUAAGGAAGAUCAAGGAACAGAGAUCCGUAAGAAG